AUGGCCAGAGCAGGACAUGAGAUAGCUUCUGGCACUCUGACCGACGCACUGCCCAUUGGAGGCUUGGAUGCUGAUUACAAUGAUACCGUGAAAGAGAUCGAUGGCCUUAGAAAGAAAGUUCUACAAGAGACAAAAAGUCAGGAACUUUAUGAUUCUUUAGUUGGCUUCAGGGCUCCCAGUAUGAGAACAACCCAAGAUGUACAAUUUCAAGUUUUGAAAGAUAAUCAAUUUCUGUACGACUCGUCCAUUUCUAAUAUCGAAAUAUACUCCGCCAGAAGUCCAGUUUGGCCGUACACUAUGGAUUUUGGUGUCGUACAAUGCCCGAACCCACCAUGCCCUUCCAGAAAUUACUCUGGUCUAUGGGAGAUGCCUGUAAACAGUUGGCUAGGAGAGGACGGACAAAGCUGUAGUUACGUCGACAGUUGCAGUGUCGGAGUCAACGGCUUCACGGCGGAGGAGAGUGACUGGUACGAUUUAUUCAAGAACAAUUUCGAAGAACACUUUUAUCCCGCCAAAGCCCCAAUGCACAUCUCCAUGCGGACCUCAACGCCCACAGAAAAUCAGCAGCUGGAACAAGCGAUGGUUAGAUGGCUCGAAGAUACACUGUCUAGCUACAACAACGUCUGGCUUGUGACUCAUAAAAUGGUCAUUGACUGGAUGCGGGAUCCGCUCACCAACUCUCAAAUGUUGGCUCAAAAAUGGGGAUGCUGA